GCACUCACAGGAUGACCCCAGGGAGGCUGGAGCACCUGAUCUCACCAGCCCAGCCCCGGCGGCCCUCAUGGCAGAGGUUGUGUCUUGCCUGAUCUGAGCCCUCCUUGGCAGCUCUCACGAGCGUCAGCAUCCAGCUCUGCCCUGUGGGAGAGUGCUGCAGGGACCACGGGGUCCUGUUAAACACCGGCAGCCCCUGGGACCCUCAGCCCCCCCAGCUGUGCCCUGUGCCCCACAGCAGGCCCAGGGGACAAGAGGAUGCCUGGGGGUCCCAGGAAGGACCGUGGUGGCAGGCGCUGGCUUCCCCAUUGCAUCCUGUGGGUCGGAAUGUGGGCACGGAGCUGGGACAGCCCUGGGCUGGCAGCAGCUCUGGCAGGUGCUCAGGGCUUGGUGCAGCUCGUGCAGGGCCCUUGGCACCGGGAUGUGCCGCAGCCCUGCACGUGACACCGCCUGCUCAGCGGGGCUGGGGCCAUGGGACUCCCGGCAGAACUCUGGGCCUCGAUCCUCGUGGAUAAAGCUUCCAAAUGGUGGAGUGUCCCUUGGAGGAGGCCUGAGCUUUUGUGGCAUUUCCUGAGGAGAGGACAGCACCGCACUGGCUGCCUUGGGCUGUGUGGCUCUCGGCUGUGUGUCCAUCCCGGUGCCUGGGACAGCCAGAGGUGCUGAGCUGUCCCUGGCAAGUUCCCUCUGUGGUUUGGGGGCUGCAUGCCCACCAGUGCUCCCAGUGCAGGCUCUGUCCCCUGGCUCCAGCACCAGAACAGUGGCCAAGACCACUCCUGUCCCGGUGCCAUGUUGUUCUCCCUCUUCCAGAAAACAACACCAAGGAGCCCUGAAGGGUUCAUUUAAAAUAAAUAAAAAACUGUGAAUUGUGCUGAUUUGAAGGAAAGGCAGCCCCAUCCUGAGCGGGGGAGCGCAGCGCCAGCCCAGCCCCGAAGGGCAGAGAGAGAUGUGCUGAGAACUGCAGCCCUGUGCAACUUCAGCCUUUGAUCGUAUAUCUCACACGUGCCCUUUGCUUUCCCUCUGCUGAUAUUUAUUAGGUUUAAUUUUACUGGGACACGGCUGUAAGUGAGACAGAUGGAAUGGGGUCUGUGCGCCUGGUGAACACAUCUUAAUUAAACAGAUAAAUAAACUUUCAUUCCAGAAGGCUUCAGUUUCGGAGGUGCUCCUCCGGGGCUGCGGCUCUGCAGGGCUGGGCACGGCCCUGGUGCCACCAGCGGUGCUGCUGGCUGGGACUGUGGCACAGCAGGGAGCAGCAGGGUGAGGGAAACCAGCACUGGUGGCCAGCAAGGGGCUCCCCACUGGAGCUGACAGGGGCCUUGGGGUCACCGUGCCCCGUCAGUGUCCCCCGGGCUCCCCGCUGCAGAGGGGCAUCUCUGCAGGCAGGCAUGCGUUGGUGAUGGCAGGAGAAGGGAGAGAGGAGACUCCAAGAGUCCUCAGCUCCCAGAGCUGUGCCCAUUUCGCUGCUGGCUCAGGGCAGUGCCAGCACUUGUGGUGCUGCCACUGGCCAGGAAUGCCUUUGAGUCACCCUGGCCGGAGCCGGCGGGGGGGAGGAUGGGCAGAUUACCUCAUCCUGGAGCCAGUGCCUGCCUCACGUGGUUUGCUUAGUUGGGCACCGCAAGGCCAGUGUGCCAGGCACUGCCCUGCCGUUGUCACCUCCAGGAGCUGCAGUGGAGCCAGAGCGGCCCAGCGCCUUUGGAGCUGCCUGUUGGCCUGCUCAAGGUGUCCCCCCCUUCACCAGGGUCUGUGUGGUGCUUGUGUGUGUGCCGGUUCCUGGGGGAGCCUCUUGCCCCCCAACUGCACGAAGGGCUGUGAGAGGACACACUUGUCCCUUUCAGAGCUGUCCCACAUCCUUCCCCAGGGCAUGGCACCAGGGGCAUGGGGGUCCCUGGGAAGGGAAGCUGGACACCAGCAGGAGUGUGGGGACUGAGCACCAUGGUGUGCCAAAGGGGCCACUGCAUCUCUCAUGGUCCUUGGAGCUGGAGGGCGAGUGCCUGUGGUGGGGCACCCACAGGGAGCAGUGGCUGGGGAUGCUGUUGGCAGCAGAUGUCACUGCUGGACCUUUUGGUGCCCAAUGCCACAAGGUGGUGGUGGUGGCAAAGCCUCCCCCUGGACUGGCAUCCCCUCUCUAAUUUGGCUCCUUGAAGUCCCUUUAGAGUGUGGAACUCAGGACCCCCUGUGAGGGGCUGGCACCCCCUGCCCCACACACCACUUUCUCAGGAUGGCUCUUCCAGAGCCGUUUGCAGCAGGUUUUCCCUGUGGCUCCGGGCCAGCCGUGCCACACACUGCUGCUCCGGAGCAUCUGCAGCAGAAGCGGUAACUGCUGCGAGUGUACCAGGACACUGCAGCAUGUCACUCUGCCUGGGGAUACUGUGGAAAAUCCCAGCUCCAAACGGCUGGUCGUGUGCUGGAGGCUCCGGCAGAGACGGAGCAUCAGCAGCUGCUGGCACAGCCCAGCCUUUGUGCAUCACAUUUGGCCAAGAUGGAAACUGAGCCGAGCCCAGGUUUCGUUUCCUACAUGCCCCAGCACAAUGCCAGCCUGGCAGCCUCGCGCUGCCACGGCUCCGGAGCUGGGCAUGACGAGGUGUGGGGCAGCAGGAGGGCCCCGGGGCAGCGCUGGGCUGCUGCGGGCCCUGAGGGCUGGAGGUGCGAGGUGGGACAGGGACCUGGGCGAGCACAGGCGUGUGCCCACGCCGGCCGCCCCUGCGGGCACUGGCACGAGGGCCAUGGCCAUGGCAGCUGUGACAGCGGCCGGUGUGGUGUGGAUGCGUCAGGGCUGUGCCAGCACCGCAGGCCCCUUGGAAACGCCAAAACACCUCUCGAGCCCUGCCAGGGCUGACCUCUGCCCACCGCCCUGGCCAGCGGGUGGUUCUUGGGGCAGAGGGUCCCCAUCGCUCUGGGGAGCGCAGGGAAGCAGUGCCAGUGUCACCCCAAGGUUCAGGGGUCCCUGCAGCCCUCCAUGCCUGUGGGACUGGCAGGCGGGUGGGGGACCCACAGGGCCCUGCCUGGGGCUCCCACACCUUGGCAGGGUGGACAGUGGUGCCCGGGGUAUGCGGGCAGCGGUGAGGCUGCGGCUGGCCCGGCAGGGAACGCUGCGGGCCGCUGGCCCUGCCCUGCCCGGCGGUGCGGGGCCGUGCGGGGCCGUGCGGAGCCGUGCGGAGCCGUGCGGGGCCGUGCGGGGCCGCGGGCCGGUGGCUCCGGGAGGCGGAGCUGGGGCCGCUGCGCGGCUCCCGGGCCGGCAGCGCCGCGGGAGCGGGCGGUGCGCACGUGUGCGGCGGAGUGUGCAUGGGGGAUCCCGCGGAGCCCUGCCACCGCCCCUGCCGGGCACCCGUGCUGCGCCACCCCAGCUCCCGGCAUGCUUCCUCACUCUCUCCCCUGUCCUCCAGCCUUCCUCUACCUCCAACAGGGUAACCAGGACGCCACGGCUCCGCCGGACGCGAUGGCCCAGCCCUACCCCCCCGCCCAGUACCCCCCGCCCCCCCAGAACGGGAUCCCCGCAGAGUUCGCCCCGCCGCACCCCCACCCCACGCAGGACUACUCGGGGCAGAGCACAGUACCGGAGCACGCCAUGACCCUCUACACACCAGCACAGAGCCACGCCGAGCAGCCGGGCAGCGACGCCAGCACACAGUCCAUAGCAGGGACACAGACGGUACCGACAGACGAGGCGGCACAGACAGACAGCCAGCAGCUACACUCCUCAGACAACACAGACAAGCAGCAGCCCAAGAGGUUACACGUCUCCAACAUUCCCUUUCGGUUCCGAGACCCCGACCUGCGGCAAAUGUUUGGGCAAUUCGGGAAAAUUCUGGACGUGGAGAUCAUUUUCAAUGAGCGGGGCUCCAAGGGUUUUGGGUUUGUAACUUUUGAAACUAGCACAGAUGCCGACCGGGCACGGGAGAAGCUGAAUGGCACCAUCGUAGAGGGCCGGAAGAUUGAGGUGAACAACGCCACGGCCCGUGUCAUGACCAACAAGAAGGUGGCCAACCCCUACACCAAUGGCUGGAAGCUGAACCCAGUGGUGGGAGCAGUCUAUGGCCCUGAAUUCUACGCAGUAACGGGGUUCCCGUACCCCGCCACGGGGACAGCCGUGGCCUACCGAGGGGCACACCUGCGGGGCCGAGGGCGCGCCGUGUACAACACCUUCCGUGCCGCGCCGCCGCCGCCGCCCAUCCCCGCCUACGGCGCGGUCGUGUACCAGGAUGGGUUCUACGGAGCUGAGAUCUACGGGGGCUAUGCUGCCUACAGGUACGCCCAGCCCGCAGCAGCAGCGGCCGCCUACAGCGACAGCUAUGGCAGAGUGUACGCAGCAGCAGACCCCUACCACCACACCAUCGGCCCCGCCGCCACGUACAGCAUUGGCACCAUGGCUAGUCUAUACCGAGGAGGGUACAGCCGCUUCACUCCCUACUAGCAAGACAGACCCAGCCCCCCCACCACUGCCCCCGAUGCUCACUAGCACCAAACCAAACCAGGCAGACAGAGCCGAGGCCGAGCCUGCGGAGGACCCGCGGGUGCUCUGUGGGGCCACAGCACCCCACACCCAUAGGGUUACCUGAGCCGCUCCGUCCUGCAGCCCGCCCGCCUCUCCUGCACCAUCCGCCCGCCCCGGGGACCGCGGGCAGUGGGGCCAGCCCGCAGCCCCAGCAGCACCCCGUCCCCACAGCGGGGUGUGGGGUCCCCCCGCUGCCCUGGCUGCGGUGCAGGGGGUUCAUCCCCCCGUGAGGCAGGCGGGGCUGCUCAGCCUGCGGGGAUGCUCGCUCCACAGGCGCUGGGGCUCGGGGUGACAGCAGCCCCCCGAGCAGCCCCUGUGCCCCCAUAGGAGAGAGAGGAGCCAGCUGGCGUUGCUGCCAGCUGUGGGGACUGACGAGGCUGGGGUGGGUUCAGGAUCUCGGGGCAGCCCGCUGGGCUGGAGCGCUUCUCUGCCUGACCGUGCUGCUCUGCGGAGCUGGGUGUGACGGGCUGGACUGGCUGCGGAGCUGGGUGUGACAGGCUGGGCUGGCUGCGGGGACUCGGAGGGCUGGGGCGGUGCCUGUGUGCCCCCAGCCAGCAGUUCGGCCUGAGCGCUCCAACGAAAGACCUGCCUCUCUUGUUUCUGUUGUAGUGAACCCGUGGCUGCUUCCUUCUGGGACCAGGAAGGGCAAAAAUAUACACACACACACACAAAAAAACAAAAAGAACCCCAAAAUACAAAAAUUAAAAGCAGAACAACAAAAAAGAAAAAAAGAAGAAAAAAAAAACCCAAACAAAUAAAAAGAGAAACAAAGCCAAGCGGCAGCCGCCAAGCGAGUCCCAACUGUCCACACACACCGAGUGAGCGAGUCCCAGAGGAGCCGCGGCAAGCACCGGCGGUCGGACGCGCCGGAGGGACGCCCAGCGCCCCGGCCCCACAGCCCAGCAGGGAGGGAGCGCUGCAGGCAGGCGUGAGGGGCCGCGGGGCCGUGGGGCCCUCACCCGCCCAGCUGCAGGGCCUGGGCACCACGUCUUCCUUUCCCUGGUGCGGCAGCGCUGGGGGUGCCGGCAGAGCGCUGCGCCCUGCCCGGCUCGUGGGACCGGGUGACGGGGUGGGGACCUGGCUUUGUGCCACCCGAGCCCCGGCGCUGGCGGCCAUCAGCGUGUCGAGUGUGCGAGGCCUCAGCUCCAGCGCGGAACUGGGGCGGCGGCGUGGCUGCGGUGCUGAGGUAUUGCAGGGGACGACCCUCUGCCUUUUAAAGGGAAUUUUUGUUAAGAGGAGCUUGCAACUCGCUUGUGACCCCUUCCCCUUCUUCCUCCCGCCUUCCCCGACACCCGCGCUCCCACCCUGCCUGGACCAGCCCUGACCAAAGCUGGGCCAGGCGCUGCCCCAGUCCCGCUCCCUCUUGCUCUGCGGCGCGGGACACGCUCAUGGCCACCCGUCCCUACCUGAGGCAGCGGGAUGCCCCCAGCCCUGGGUGCGGGGUCUCGGCCACUGCAUCACCCGUAAGGGACCCACCCAAGCCACAAGGCUGGGCUGCAGUCGCAGGCACACUGGGUGCGGUGCCCUGCCCGGUGGCACGGGGCACUGCGGAGCCCAUCCCGGGGUGCAGCGCCGUCCCGCGCCCUUAUGGCUCUGCCACUCCUCAAACCUCACUUUAUAGUCUGCAGACGCCCCCGACGCCCCAGCGAUGAGCUCCCCCUUUUCUAUUCCCAGUGUACAUAGCCCCGGCCCCCCGUACAAAGCUCCGUCCAUCGCUGUACUGGCUUCUCCCUUACAGCACCCCUGCGCCGCCCCGGCGUGCGGGCUGGCGCCGGCCCACCUGUAUGCUUAAAAGUGUGACCAUUCUAAUAAACAGUAUUAUUAUUAUUAUUAUUAUUAUUAUUAUUAUUAUUAUUACAAGGAUUAUUAUUAUUAUUAUUAUUAUUAUUAUUGAAAUUAUUAAUAAA